AUGUUGUCGCAACCUCAAAUGGAUGUCAAUGCUCUGUUGCACAACAUGCGUGCACAGAUCUUGACAUUGACCACUCAACUCGCCAAGCUGCAGGCAAAUCCUCCUGCGGCAACCCCCUCGGUCGAGAAGAAACUCAAUAAGAAAGUCGAAGUCGUUGUUGACCCUGGCGCCUUUGAGGGAGACAGAGUGCCAUUUGCCAAAUGGUGGAUCAAACUCCAAAUAUGGGUUAAGGCAAAUUGGGACGCAUUUGCCGACAAUUUUGAGAUUGCAUUAGAAUCCGAAAAACCGGACAAUCGGCUCCAGACUCUGGCCGGUCGAUCCUACAACAAAAUCCGGGCCUUCUUCUACGAUCAGCAGGCUGCUGAAAUGAAGGCUCAGGGAAAAGAGUUCGGAGCUUAG